UGAAAAACACACUAUCUAAUUUGAGUGGGCAAAUAUCUUGCAACGACAAAGAAUCUAGUCAAGAUACGAUAUACAUUGAGAUUAAAAAAAAAAACAUUGUAAUGAAGUUUAUCCUUCCGAUUUUUCCUCCCCUUUAUCCAUUUCUUUUGAAACUUUUGCUCCUAAAUUUAUUGCCAGAAUAUAUUAGCGUCAACCUCGCGGAAAUUUUGGAAAUCAUUAGAAUACCGAAACAGCCAUCAGACAAAUCUCUUAGGGGGGGAGAGAGAGAGAGCUAAUUAGGGGAGGAAGAAGAAGAAGAGAGAAAUCCCCAAAACCCACAUUUCUUUGUUUGAUUCUGUUGAUACCCAGAAAAGAAUCUAGAGAAAAGUUUAAGAAUUUGAAGAGAGAAUUAGGAGACAGAGACAGGAAAGACGGUUUGAUGUCAGGUUUCAUGUGGGAUUUUGGGACAAACAGGUGAAAGAAGAUGCAGAGAGAGAGAAUGAGCAAGAAAAAGAACAGUCAGGUCCAUUGUGUUCCUCCCUCUGAUCAUCAUUUGGACAUGUCUGCUUCCACUUCCAAACCCAUCUCCCAAAUCAGAGCCUACAAAGCAUGGAAGGGUAACAAUAUAUUUUGCUGUGGUGGAAUGCUAAUCUUCGGUCCGGAUGCAUCAUCUCUGUUUCUAACCUCGCUCCUGAUCGGAGCUCCUGCACUUACAUUCUGCAUAAGGAUGCUUGUAUGGAUCAGAAAUGGUGACCCAUCCUUCAACUAUCCCGUCCUGACCUGUGGGUUUGUCCUCACAUUCUUGGAUUUUACAUUUCUCUUGUUAACAUCGUCUAGAGAUCCAGGAAUCAUCCCCAGGAAUAAGCAACCACCUGCAAUGGAUGAUGACAGUUCAGAUGGUUACAUGACACAAUCUAAGGAAUGGGUGAACAGCAAAACACCAAACCUCAAGAUACCGAAGACCAAAGAUGUGUUUGUUAACGGCAACACCAUCAAAGUGAAGUUCUGUGAAACUUGUUUGUUGUACCGUCCACCACGAGCUUCUCAUUGUUCCAUCUGCAACAACUGUGUCCAACGCUUUGAUCACCACUGUCCUUGGGUAGGACAGUGUAUUGCAGUGCGGAAUUACCCGUUCUUCAUCUGUUUCAUAUCAUGCUCAACCUUGUUGUGCAUAUAUGUGUUCGUCUUCUCGUGGUUCAAUCUGCUCCGGCAGCCAGGCCGAUUAUGGAGGAUCAUGGCCCAUGAUAUAGUCUCUGUCAUUCUCAUUGUCUAUACCUUCGUUGUUGUCUGGUUCGUGGGUGGUCUUACAGUUUUCCAUUUCUAUCUGAUCUCCACAAACCAGACAACAUACGAGAAUUUCAGGUACCGUUACGAUAGGAAGGAAAACCCUUACAAGAAAGGGCUACUGAAGAAUCUCAAGGAAGUCUUGUUCACCAAUAUCCCACCUUCACAGAUAAACCUCCGAGCAUGGGUACCGGAUUAUGAAGAUAUGACAACUGUAUCUGUCAUGUCUGAAUUCGAUUCAGACUUUAGCACAAACAGGAAAUACGAUAUCGAAAUAGGAGGCGACAUGCUAAGUAAGGACGAGAGUAAGAAGAUGCUUGCCUCUACAAUGCGAACCUUAGAUCACAAUGACAUUCAUGAUGACAGAUUGAAGAAGGUUGGAGAUGAUUCUCCCGAGUUUGAUCCGUCUUUCUUCCUGCCUCAACCGGAACUACACAAGCAUUUACCGUGAAGAAGGGUCUUUCAUAGU